AUGGCGUCUAGUAAGGCGAAGUCCCAGCAGGCUCCACGGGCUGACAGCUAUCGAUAUGCUGUCACGCCAGGAGGCCAGGAGAAAAAGAAGAAGAAGAAGGGGGAGGAUUUGGAUGAGCUCAAGCAGGAGCUCGAUAUGGAUGAACAUAAAGUCCCAAUAGAAGAGCUCUACCGAAGGUUAGGAACAGAUCCGACUCAGGGUCUUAGUCCAGAAAAAGCAAAAGAAAUUCUCUUGCGUGAUGGACCCAAUUGCCUUACCCCACCUAAAACUACACCUGAAUGGUUAUACCUAGGUAUUGUGCUGACUGCUGUAGUAAUUGUCACAGGUAUAUUUUCUUACUACCAAGAGGCUAAAAGUUCUAAGAUUAUGGAUUCUUUCAAAAACAUGGUACCACAAUAUGCCGUUGUUGUUAGAAGUGGAGAAAAGCUCAAUGUACGAGCUGAAGAGCUUGUUGUUGGUGAUAUGGUUGAUGUUAAAUUCGGUGACCGAAUUCCAGCUGAUAUUCGUGUAGUUGCUGCGCACAGCUUCAAAGUGGAUAACUCUUCACUAACUGGUGAAUCCGAGCCACAGUCUCGAUCUUCAGAUUUUACCAAUGAAAAUCCAUUAGAAACGAAGAAUUUGGCCUUUUUUUCCACAAACGCUGUUGAAGGGACAUGUGUUGGACUUGUUGUGAAAACUGGUGACAAAACUGUAAUGGGCCGAAUUGCUAAUUUGGCUUCUGGACUUGAAGUUGGAGAGACACCAAUUGCUAAAGAAAUCGCUCAUUUCAUCCACUUAAUUACUGGAGUUGCUGUCUUCCUUGGUGUGACCUUCUUUAUUAUUGCUUUUAUUCUUGGCUACUAUUGGCUGGAUGCUGUCAUUUUCUUGAUUGGUAUCAUUGUGGCCAAUGUGCCUGAAGGAUUACUUGCUACUGUCACUGUCUGUCUGACUCUCACAGCUAAACGCAUGGCAAGAAAAAAUUGCCUUGUCAAAAACUUGGAAGCUGUAGAGACUCUUGGGUCUACAUCAACCAUCUGCUCAGAUAAGACAGGAACCCUCACCCAAAACAGGAUGACUGUUGCUCACAUGUGGUAUGGAGGAAAGAUUGUUGAAGCUGAUACUAGUGAGGACCAAUCAAAUGCCACCUACAGCAAAGAUACUUCUGACUGGAUUGCCCUAUCUCGUAUUGCAAUGUUGUGCAAUCGUGCAGAAUUUAAGGCUGGCCAAGAUAACGUUCCUGUCCUGAAAAGGGAAUGCAAUGGUGAUGCUUCUGAAUCUGCUUUGCUUAAAUGUGUUGAGCUUUCUAUUGGAAAUGUCUCUGAAUUUAGAAGACACAACAAGAAAGUGGUCGAGAUUCCAUUCAAUUCGACUAACAAAUACCAGGUAUCUAUCCAUGAAAAUGAAGAUCCAAAUGAUCCCCGAUACAUCCUUGUAAUGAAGGGUGCUCCUGAAAGAAUUAUGGAUCGUUGCUCAACUGCGCUGAUGAAUGGAAAAGACAUUGAUGUUGAUGAAAACUUCAGAUCCGACUUUAAUGCUGCUUACAUGGAAUUAGGAGGUCUUGGAGAAAGAGUAUUAGGUUUCUGUGAUUAUGUUCUUCCAAGUGAAUCUUUUCCCCCGGGAUUUCAAUUUGAUGGAGAUGAAGUAAACUUCCCUCUUACCGGUCUCAGAUUUGUUGGUUUAAUGUCCAUGAUUGACCCACCUCGAGCUGCUGUGCCAGAUGCUGUCGGAAAAUGCCGUAGUGCUGGCAUCAAAGUUAUCAUGGUCACAGGUGAUCAUCCUAUCACUGCCAAAGCUAUUGCAAAGGGUGUCGGAAUCAUCUCAGAGGGAAGCAAGACUGUAGAGGAUAUUUCCGCUGAGCAAGGCAUUCCAGUCGAACAAGUUAAUUCAAGGGAUGCUAAGGCAGCUGUAAUCCAUGGAACUGACUUGAGAGAUAUGACUCCUGCUCAAAUUGAUGAAAUCCUUCGUAAUCAUUCUGAAAUUGUGUUUGCUCGUACUUCACCCCAACAGAAAUUGAUUAUUGUUGAAGGUUGUCAACGCCAGGGACAUAUUGUGGCAGUCACGGGUGAUGGUGUCAAUGACUCUCCAGCUCUGAAGAAGGCUGACAUUGGUGUUGCUAUGGGUAUUGCUGGAAGUGAUGUCAGCAAACAGGCUGCCGAUAUGAUUUUGUUAGAUGAUAAUUUUGCAUCUAUUGUUACUGGUGUUGAAGAAGGUCGUCUUAUUUUUGAUAACCUGAAAAAAUCAAUUGCAUACACUCUGACAUCAAACAUUCCUGAAAUCAGCCCUUUCCUGUUUUUUAUCCUCCUUGACAUUCCUCUACCUCUUGGAACUAUUACUAUUCUUUGUAUUGAUCUGGGAACCGACAUGGUACCAGCCAUUUCCCUGGCUUAUGAACAAGCUGAAAGUGACAUCAUGAAAAGACAACCUCGUGAUCCAGUCAAUGACAAACUUGUCAAUGAGAGGUUGAUUAGUAUGGCCUAUGGUCAAAUUGGAAUGAUCCAAGCCAGUGCCGGAUUUUUCACUUAUUUUGUCAUUAUGGCUGAGAAUGGCUUCUGGAUAUCAAGGCUGCUAGGUAUCCGUAAAAACUGGGACUCUAUGGGAGUCAAUGAUUUGGAAGAUUCCUAUGGGCAAGAAUGGACAUAUGCCCAGAGGAAGAAGUUAGAGUAUACUUGCCACACUGCUUUCUUUGUGUCUAUUGUUGUUGUACAAUGGGCAGAUCUCAUCAUUUGCAAAACUAGGAGGCUUUCCUUGUUCCAACAAGGAAUGAAGAAUCACCGUUUAACAUUUGGAAUUAUUUUUGAAACUGUCUUAGCUGCCUUCUUGACCUACUGUCCUGGUCUAGAUCAGGGUUUGCGUAUGCAACCUCUCAGGGCUUCUUGGUGGUUCCCUGCAUUUCCAUAUAGUUUAUUAAUCUUCAUUUAUGAUGAAUGCCGAAAACUUAUUCUGAGACGAAAUCCUGGUGGCUGGGUUGAAUCCGAAACCUACUAUUGA